ACAGCGCUUCGUAGUAUGAGAUUAAGCAGAGCUCCUUCAGUUUUCAACCGUUUCUCAAUCUGAUUACUCAUCCCUUCAGACAUCAGUCCAACUCCAGCCUUCCAAAGUUCCACUGCCUCCCCCAAAAGUUCGAAGCAAAAAGAGAAAAUGCUGAUCCUCAAAGAACGCGACGUCUUCAGCCUCCUGUCCAACUUGAGUGUCCCAGAAUGCCGACGUCUCCUCGACAGUCUGCACAACAGCCUUCGCGAAUACAGCCGGACAAAACAUGCCCCUCCAUCGGAGCGCACCAUCCACCAACCGGAGCGAGACGUGAUUGUCACGAAGCUCGGCAACACGACACUCUUCAUGCCGUCGUCGGUGACGACGUCAACGGGCGUCAAAGUCGUCACAAUCAGUCCGACGGGAGGCCUGAAAGGCGCCAUCAACCUGUUCGCGCCGGACGGCACGCUGCUAGGGGUCCUCAAUGCCGAGGAAGUCACGGCCUUCCGGACCUCGCUGGCCGUCAUGAUCCCUUUCGUGCGCUAUCCGCACCCCAAGACCAACAUGCUCGUCUUCGGCGCGGGCCGUCAAGCCGAGUGGCACGUCAAACUGGCUCUCCUGCUCGGUGAGGGCGCGGUCAAGCACGUCACCGUCGUGAACCGGAGCGCGCCACGGCGGAUGGAGCAGCUGUUCGCGACCCUCAAGCAGAAGUACCCGGACGUCACGCUCGACCUCCUCCUCAAGACCGACGGCGAGUACGACGCGAAACUCCAAGAAUCCAUCAAGGCGGCCGACAUCAUCUGCGGCUGCACGCCGUCGACCGUCCCGCACUUCCCGGCCUCGUACCUGGACCACAAGCCAAGGUACAUUUCACUGAUUGGGUCCUACAAGCCCGAGAUGCAGGAGGUCGACGCAGAGACGCUGCUCUCGGGCGAGUACAUCUACGUCGACACCGAGGAAGGGUGCCUAUCUGAAGCCGGAGAGCUGAUCAAGGCAAACGUGCAAGAACAUCAGUUGAUUGAACUCGGCGAGCUGCUGGGCGAUAAGCCAUUUGCACUCGACGGGAACCUCGUGUUCAAAUGCGUCGGCCUAGGCAUCAUGGACACUGUCAUGGCUGGGGAAUUGCUUCGGAUGGCCCAAGAAAAAGGCGUCGGAUUGGUCGUGGACGAUUUCUGAUCGAUCCCUGCUACCUGCGAGGAAACCAUGCAAAUGAGACAGCGACAGGGUGACUCGCCCACGCACAAGGACACAAGACUCAAUCGAAGAAAGCUCCUACGACAACAACAACAACAACAACAACAUCAUCAUCAUCAUCGAGAAUUUUUAUGUUGCUAUGCAUGUUACUGUCACCAAUUCGCUACCUACACACCAUCGCCAAAAGUGUAGUCAUUUGCCCAGCGCCUAUCCCAUGGCCGCGACUGAUCAACGAACCUGAGAUCCGUCCCCAAUCGAAUUCUGUCCUCCGGGUCAUGGUUGAUCGUGGAUGCAUGGAUCUAGAAAGGUCUGGUCAGCGGCGGUCAUGUCUGGUCAGAAAUCAAGAUACCUACAGCAUAAGCAUUAUGCAGCACGACAUCACCCGCCUCAUACUCCGUCAACAGCCACCGACGAUUGUACCGCUUUCCAAACUCUGCCGGCCCGUCCGCGAGAAGCCCGCCGCUCAUCAUAUUCUGGUUGAAUGCACUCUUUGCUUCUUGGUCGGUCAACCCGGACGCUCUUGCUUUCUUGGUGAACUGCUCUUCGAUCUCGGCACCGAGCGUAUGACCUCUCUCGAGGUAGAUCAGUCCGCCACCUUGUCUGGAGACGUCGCCCAUAGGUACCCAGGCAGUCACGGCGGUAUCCUCGCCAUGCCGCAGGAAGAUCUGGUCAUAAUGCACACCAAUGGCUUUGUUGCCGGGCGUGUUGUUCCGCAAGAGUGUCCGGCGAAUACCCAGAGUGUUCUCUCCCCAGCCAGUCAACUUCGCAAUGUAGUUUCGUAGGGCUGGGUGCUUGCAGAAGUCUUCCUUGUACCAAUCUUCGCUAUGUGCUUUGAGGGCCAGGUCCACAAACAAUUGAGCGACUUCCGGAUGAGGCCCAGUAGGGCGGCCAUUGGAAUCCGCGGAGCCUGCUCCAAUCCCAGGGAAAUCGAGCUUGUCCCUGGACGAAUCGAAAAUCCCAUCCACCGGCAUUGUUCCAGGUUUCAAGACGCCACUCGGCGACAGGAGUUUGAAGUAUUCUUCUCGGGCCUUGAGCACAUCCUCCCGGGGCAUCAGGCCCUUGAGAAAGACAUAGCCAUCUUCCUUGUACCGUCUACGGACCUCGUCAAUAGGCGUAUCCGCGGUUGUAGGUCUCAGUUCGGACCACUGAUCUGGAGAUAACUGUCCGUCGUUGACGAACAACUUUUCUCCUGGAGUCUGCUGGGGUUCAGGUGACUCUGCGUGAGGCAUCUUGGGGAAAUUCUGAAGUGACGAGACUUGCUGGGAGAUAGACGCUCAACUGUAGCGAGAUAAAUGGAAUGAAGCUUAAAACGCAAAAGCUCCCCUCCAUGUCAUCGAUCAUGU